UUCACGAGACGCUUGUUGGCACGGCAGAGGACCACAUUUCUCUGCGAGCUACGAGCAACCAGAUGCUGUACACUUCGCAUCUGCUGGUUUUGGUACUGACCUGCCGGUCGGUUCUGUCGGCCUAUCAUCUCAGAUUGGACGAGGUUCAAGCCAUUUCAGACUGCCCUGACGGAGUGGAGACAUGUGACGGGAAGCUCACUUCUAUGAACUACGAGAAGUACGCGGAAAGUCGGUGUUUCUGUGAUGCAGACUGCCAUCUAUUCGGAGAGUGCUGCAUCGACCGUGCUUUGUAUGCGGACACCUCGAGCUCAGUAGAUAAUGAAGGAGCUCCAGGCAACGUGAAAGAUCAACUUUCAGUGGCCAAGUUCAGAAACCGGCCUAAUGUGACUGGAGAAAUUAAGGAAAUCACAGAAGUAUUUGGGAUUCCGCGAGAUAGAUGGGAUUGCCAGAACUUCGUCGUCACCACGACUCCCAUUCUCCCAGUGAAGAGGGUUCGAAUGGUGGUGAGCUGUCCUGCUGAUGCCAGUACUGACAUGCUGGAGAAGUGUGCCGCUUUGAACAGGUCCAGCUCUGACUUCCAUUACACAAUGGAUAUACCAGUGCUCAGCUCGGCCUCUGGAACCUGGUACCAGAACGUGUACUGCGCCAUCUGCAAUGGGGAUGCGGACAAUUUAGUACGGCUUAAGUAUUUCCUUGAAUGCGAAGGGAAUUACACAAGAGAGAAGGUGCUGAGUGAAGGCAAAUACUCCACUGAGCCUCUUCACUGGUCCUUAGAUGGGCAACAUGAAAGUCAAUGCCGACUGAGGAUAGAACUUCAACCUGGAGCAUUCUCUGGGUUCUUACGCCCUUGUGGCAAAGUUAAUGAAAGAGGCCGAAAUCUGCCACUAAUCGAAAACUGUCCCGUAGACUGGACAGACAGUGACAUAGCCAAGAAAUGCAAGGCAUAUGCGUUUUAUAGCGUGUGGAAUUCAAGAGUAACUCAGAAUGUCGAGGUGUUCAAAAACCCUGACUGUGCCGUAUGCAAUGGGGUUCCACCGUUAAAAACAACUUGUUGGUCCAAAAAGCCGUCACUCUGGAGAGUUGCGGGUCGGCUACCUAAACCUUCCUUUUCCAUUGUUAUGGAUUUCAUGGCUUGGGAAGACGAGAGCGAACAGUACAGGUCAUGCCGACCUCCUAAUGGCGUUUGGGACGUACUGCACGAAACAUGCAUACAAGUGGCUAAUGCACAUGACAAUGCGGAUGGUGGCGGCAGGUCCAGUAGAAUGCUGAACCACACUUGUCCGACCAUCACGUUAUCUGCCUCGGAGUUCCUCAUUCUCGACAACGGUUCUCUUCAGUACACAGGCAACAAUUCACUCUAUGUAGGUCACAUUUUUGACUUAUUUGAAAUUCUGGAGGAUUACACGGCCAUUGUUUGCGCAAUAAAGUACGAUGAAGACAAUGAUGACCUAAUUUCGGGAGCGUAUGAGGGCUACCUUACGCAGUUCUGUCUUUCAGUUUCCGUUAUAUGCCUUAUCUUACACAUCGGAAUUUACUAUGCACUUCCAAAGCUGUGUAACUUACCCGGAAGGAACUUGCUUUCACUGUCAUGGGCUAUUCUGUUUGCACAAGCCGGUUUCCUACUUGCUGUGAAUCCCGCGUUUGAGGUUCCGCUCGGGGUAUGCAUCGGGUUCGCGGUGCUGGAGUACUAUUGCUUCCUGGCUGCAUUCUUCUGGAUGAACGUCAUGAGUGUGGACGUAUGGAGGACAUUCUCAAGAUCUGCCUUGCGGGGUAGUGGGGGCUUGAAAACGCACUGCAGAUACGCAGGGUAUGCCUGGGGCACUUCAGCGCUCAUAGCACUCUUGGCUCUAACCGUGGACCUCAGCACAGAUGAUGGAGCUGUGAAGCCGUAUUUUGGAAGAGGACAGGUAUGUUGGUUCGGUAACCGAGGAGGUCUAGGCCUCUUUCUUGCGAUGCCUCUAUUCGUUCUGCUGAUGGUGAACUCGGGGCUGUUUGCCAACACAGUCUACUGGAUCUGGCAGGCACGGCGUCAGGGUGCGCGGUAUAUCCGAGAUAAGACAAGGGAUGAACUCAUACAAACUUCAGCCAGAAGCUCCACCGACUUGAAGGGAACUAUCAGAAAACAGAAUGAGGUCUCGGGCGUAACCGGUCGGAAAGACCAGGCUCGAUUCUACCUUUAUCUGAAGUUGUUUGUCAUCAUGGGCCUCACGUGGGUAUUCGGAUUUAUAGCAGCCUUUGCACGUGUGCCUUUCCUGUGGUACCCAUUCAUUCUCUUCAAUGGAUUACAAGGAGCCUUCAUCUUUGUCAUGUUUGAUAUGAAGAGAAACAUUGCUUGCAUGUUAUGGGACAAAUACAUCAGUCGACAUGGAUAUAAACCUCCAGGUUUCCUUAUGGCUAGUUCUACUAGUUCGACUACGAGAACAACGGGAUCAAGCAAGAGAAAGUCUAGGGAGCCGCCACUAGGCAGUGCCGGAACUCAUGCUCCCAGUCGCUCCUCGGACAUCAGGACGGCUUCAAGCUUACAACUGGCACCCACUGGCACCUGAGAAACCAAUCCAUGGACCUGUGAAACAUUAUCCAUGACAAAAGAAGCUGACUUCACUUUUCACCCUCAAAAUUAUAAAUUAAAUUAUACAAAAUACAAUUAUAUUUAAAAACAAAUCUGUUUCAGUUUCGAACGGAGUUUACAAUUGAAUUUCGAAACGGCUUCAUAUAAGUUAAUUCGACAAUUCGAUCGUAAUUUACGGUCUUAUGAAGCCAUUCUCGUCUACAAAGGUUCUCAAGAGCCAUGAAAUCUAAACUGGGCAUCACCAGAACACAUAGCUGUAAUACAACUCGGACAGUUGCAAUGUUAUUAACCGAAGCACUGUCCACAAGAAUAUUUUUACUUAUAUUUGUUUAAAGGGAAACAAAUGUAACGUAUGUACGUACUAUUCUGUAUAAAAUGUGUAAUUUUUGCAAUUAAAUGACCGUCUGUAGGAACGUU